UCGAUGGUUGUCUACGUUCGCGCUGUCGCUAGCGCUGUGACUGUAGUGUAGAUUUUACACUGCACGGUGUCUACCUUGAGCCGCGUAAUAAUGGUGCAGCUUGUGGGGUCCCUCCGUAAAGAGCUCGCUGAUUCCGUGUCCUCUUGUCGACUGCUGGUCGUUGGAGCUGGAGGAAUCGGCUGCGAGCUGCUAAAAAAUCUAGUCCUUACCGGCUUCAGAAAUAUCGAAGUGAUUGACCUGGACACCAUCGAUGUGAGUAACCUGAACCGACAGUUCCUCUUCCAGAAGAAACAUGUGGGGAAAUCUAAAGCCCAGGUGGCUAAGGAGAGUGUAUUGCGAUUCUGUCCUAAAGCCAACAUCACAGCCUACCAUGACAGCAUCAUGAAUCCGGAUUACAAUGUGGAGUUCUUCAGGAAUUUCACACUGGUCAUGAACGCGUUGGAUAACCGAGCGGCCCGUAACCAUGUCAACCGGAUGUGUCUGGCGGCGGACAUUCCCCUGAUCGAGAGUGGCACAGCAGGUUACCUGGGCCAGGUGACUGUCAUCAAGAAGGGCCUGACCGAGUGCUACGAGUGCCAGCCCAAACCCACUCAGAAAACCUUCCCAGGAUGCACCAUCCGCAACACCCCGUCCGAGCCCAUCCACUGCAUCGUGUGGGCCAAGUAUCUCUACAACCAGCUGUUCGGAGAGGAGGACGCCGACCAGGAGGUGUCCCCCGACACGGCGGACCCCGAAGCUGCCUGGGACCCUGCGGAGGUAGCCGCCCGAGCUGGCGCGUCCAAUCAGGAUGGAGACAUCAAGCGUGUGUCCACCAAGGAGUGGGCCCGGUCCACGGGGUACAACCCCGUCAAGAUCUUCAACAAGCUCUUCAAAGAUGACAUCAAGUACCUGCUGACCAUGGACAAGCUUUGGAAGAAGAGGAAAGCACCGCAGCCUCUAGACUGGACUGAAGUACAGAAGCUUGCAUGCCCCCUGGAGGAGGUAUCGGGGGCAGGGCUAAAGGAUCAGCAGGUGCUCGGUGUGCGGGGGUACAGCCACCUCUUCUCCCGAAGCAUUGAGACAUUGCGUGUGCAGCUGGCCGAGAAGGGGGAAGGAGGAGAACUCACCUGGGACAAGGACGACCCCCCUGCGAUGGACUUUGUGACGUCCGCGGCAAACCUGCGCAUGCACAUCUUCAGCAUGAACAUGAAGAGUCGCUUCGACGUCAAGUCUAUGGCCGGGAACAUCAUCCCCGCGAUCGCCACCACCAACGCCGUGAUCGCCGGCCUCAUCGUGCUGGAGGCCCUGAAGAUCCUCUCUGGAGACCUGGAGCAGUGCCGCACGAUCUUCCUGAAUAAGCAGCCUAACCCGCGUAAGAAGCUGCUGGUUCCGUGCGCUCUGGACCCGCCCAACGCCAGCUGCUACGUGUGCGCCAGCAAACCCGAGGUCACCGUCCGUCUCAACGUGCACAAGACCCAGGUGCUCAGCCUGCAGGACAAGAUUCUGAAGGAGAAGUUGGGCAUGGUGGCACCUGACGUGCAGAUCGAGGACGGGAAGGGAACCAUCCUCAUCUCCUCAGAGGAAGGAGAGACCUCUGCAAACAAUAACCGCAGUCUAUCUGAGUUUGGUAUCAGGAAUGGAAGCAGGUUGCAAGUGGAUGACUUCCUCCAAGAUUACACGCUCCUGAUAAAUGUGUUGCACUGCGAGGACUUGGGGAAGGACGUUGAGUUUGAGCUGGUGGGCGAUGCCCCGGACAAGGCCCCACCACAGCCCAGUGUUCCAGAAGGGGGAAAGGGCAUCGCCAACGGCAGCGAAGACUCCGCCCAGCCUUCCACCUCCUCUAAAGCAACCCCAGCAGAGGAUGAUGACGUUCUCAUCGUGGAUUCGGACGAAGAGCCGUCCUCCAGCGGCGCGGAUGUUGCCCGGGAGACGGGCGCGCUCAAAAGGAAGCUGCAGGACGCGGAGACCGGCGAAGGCGUCGCCAAGCGCCAGCGAGUGGAGCAAGCGCCCGCCGAAGACGAUGACAUCAUUGCGCUCGACUAGCUCCUGCGUGCGGGCCAUGUUCAUGGUCGUGUUUGUGUCUCCUCUUACCGAACACCUGUAAAUAUAUAUGUACAAAAACUGAGCUGUCAAAAGCAGUAUGCUUAUUUUUGCCUUUGUAUUGUCAACUGAAUGCCAAUUGACAAAUGAAGAUACAGCUGACUUCUGGAACAAGUUUUAAAAAAUUUAAAGAAAAAAAAAAAAAAAGAAAAAAACUUUUGUAUUUCUUACAAACCAAUUGGACACAAACCAUGAGUCGUGUGCUCCAUUUUGGGCAGACGAAUUUGAAGGCGAGGAACAAACUGUAAACAAACUAGUACAUCUCAAUGCAUAUUUGAGAAUUGGAAGUUAUCCAAUUAUGUGUUUUAACAGUAUGUAAACCACAACCAGCUCCAUGAUGAGCCGCCAAGAGUUCACGCAACUCUUUGGUCUGUACCAUAGAGUAGACAAUAGUGUAAAACGCGAAGUGGAUCCAGGCUCCUCGACAAAUGUGCAUUAGCGGGCUGUUUGGCAGAUUAUUCUGUUUGCCAUAGCCUAAUGCAUAAUUUGGUUGUCUGCUGUUAGAUGCUUACUUCCCCUUACCAAUUGAUGAAGAAAGAUGUUUUGUGGGUGUUUGUGGCCAGCAUUAUUUAUAUUUCACCUUUUCAUGGUUUUAUUUUUAGGCACAAAUACUGUACCUCAUUUGGACCAAAUAAAGACUGCAUAAACGGUGAAAUAUUGUAUCAAUUAAACCAGCUUUAUUCACCUUUAA